UAAAAAAUAGAUACCUCUAGGCUCUAGCUAAAGGAAUGUGUAUAUAUAUCAACAGAGAUAAGCUUCAAUAUUAUCUAAGCUUUUUUGGCAUCCCAAAAUGGCACUAAGAACUUCCUUUGUCGUCUUCAUAUAUUUCAUGAUAUUUUGCAACAUUGAUAUAAUUAGGGUCACUAGCCAAGCCAUACCAAAAUUCACAUCCAUUUUAGUAUUUGGUGAUUCCACAGUGGAUACUGGAAAUAACAACCACAUACUCACAAUAGCCAAAGGCAAUCAUCCACCCUAUGGACAAGAUUACCCAAACCAUAUCCCCACAGGCAGAUUUUCCAAUGGAAAAUUAGUACCAGACCUAUUGGCUAUUCAUCUAAAACUUAAGAAAAAUGGUGUUCCACCAUACAUGCAACCAGAUUUACCAACAAGUGAAUUGCUCACUGGAAUUUGCUUUGCAUCAGGUGGAACAGGAUUUGAUGAAUUGACUAGUACUAUUUCUGGGGCAAUUCCUAUGAGGAAACAGUUAGAUUAUUUCAAGGAGUAUUUUAGGAAAAUUAGAGAUGUUGUAGGAGAGAAUGAAGCUGAUAGAAUAGUGAAUGGUGCUUUGGUUAUUGUUAGUGCUGGGACUAAUGACUUUAUUUUUAAUUUCUAUGAUGUCCCAAAAAGAAGACUUCAGUUCAGCUUGAGUAUGUACCAAGAUUUUCUGCUAGACAAGCUCCAAAAUUUUGUCAAGGAAUUGUACGAUUUUGGAUGUCGUAACAUUAUAGUAAAUGGACUGCCUCCAAUUGGUUGUCUUCCAAUUCAAAUGACAGCAAAAUCUCCACUUCUUAGAACAUGCAUAAAUAAAGAAAAUAUUGAUGCUCAAAUUUAUAACCAAAAGCUUGAGCAUUUUUUAAUUCAAUUACAAACACAUCUUCCUCGAAGCAAAAUCUUAUACGUAGACAGUUAUUCUUUUGUAUCAGACCUUAUCAAUAACCCACAACAAUAUGGAUUUGAGGAAACAAAAAGAGGGUGUUGUGGAAGUGGAUUAGUUGAAGCAGGACCUUUAUGCACAAGACUAUCUCCAGUGUGUUCAGAUCCUUCACAAUACAUAUUCUUUGAUAGCAUUCAUCCAACUGAGUCUACUUAUUACAAGGCUACUGACUACUUAAUCAAGCAACUCCUCCCUAAAUUUGCAAAAUUCUAGUGUUAAUUAAGUUUGUUAUUUAGUUACUUGUUUGCAAAAAUAGAAUAAGUACUUGAUUUUGACACAUUACAUGCAUAUAUAGCUUCAUUUCGAGGUAUCUUUAUCUAAACGUAAUAUAUGCAUUAUUGAGCACUAUAUUAAUUCCACUUCCCUUAAUUUCUUUUUCCCACCAAUAUACGUGCAUGACAUUCGCCUACAAUCUUUGAUGAUUUCUCCCUUGUUCAUCAGUUUUAUAAGCUCUCCAUCUCAUGAAUAUGAAUUACACAUGUCAAUUUUCUAUCAAUUCCUUAUUCACAUUUCUCUUCUUUUGGUGUGUUGUAUUAUUUUCCACCUUGAGAAUGUAUAAUGUAAGAUAUAGUAGCUACUCCACUAUGGUAGUGGAAUGGCCUGUACAUAGUAUGGCUAUCACAUGACAAGUCCAAAAAGCUUUCUUCAAUUGCAUGACUUUAUUUCUCAUCCACA